UGUCCAAGUCAAACCUCCUCUCAAGAGAAAGCAUAGCAUAAUUAUUCACUUGGAAAAUGGCAUCCAUUCCGAUGAUCUCUGAAGCUGAUCGACUGGCGCAGCUAAAGGCCUUCGACGCAACGAAAGCCGGUGUAAAAGGGCUGGUGGAUGCGGGAGUGAAAGAAAUCCCUCCCAUAUUCUACACGCCGCCUGAUAUCAUGGACAGCAACAAAUCAAGUGACGAGAAGUUCACCUUCCCCGUCAUUGACCUCGAAGGCACGGCCACAGAUCCUGCCAAGCGGAAGGAGAUCGUGGAGAAAGUUCGAGAUGCUUCCACCACCUGGGGGUUCUUCCAAGUCCUCAACCAUGGAGUUCCACUCAGCGUUCUGGAGGAGAUGAAAGCCGGAGUGAAGAGGUUCUACGAGCAAGAUCUCGACGAGAAGACCAAGUUCUUCACACGCGACUACACUAGAAAGGUUGCUUACAACAGCAACUAUAACAUGUACACCGCAAAGGCCCUAAAUUGGAGAGACAACACCAUAAUCUACAUGGCUCCAGAUCCUCCCAAGCCCGACGAACUCCCCGCUGUUAACAGGGAAAUCCUGAUGGAGUAUUCAAAGGAAAUGCUUAAGAUGGGCUACGUGAUCUUUGAGCUGCUCUCGGAGGCUCUAGGACUUGACCCAAACUACCUGAGAAACAAGGACUGCUUGAUGGGACAUUACCUGGUCCAUCAUUAUUUCCCACCGUGUCCUCAGCCGGAUCGUACUUUGGGGACAAGCAACCACACGGACUCCGAUUUCAUGACCAUUCUCCUGCAAGACCAUGUUGGUGGCCUUCAGGUCCUCCAUCAGGAUCAGUGGGUUGACGUAACUCCACUCCCAGGAUCCCUUGUGAUCAACAUCGGAGAUUUGCUUCAGCUUAUGUCGAAUGAUAAGUUCAAGAGCGUGAAGCAUAGGGUGCUAGCGAAUCGUAGCGAUGGGCCAAGGAUAUCGGCGGCGUGCUUUUUCAGCACCGGCCUUUUGCCAAACCCAACGAAGUAUGAACCCAUUGAGGAGCUACUGUCUGAAGAGAAUCCUCCGAAAUACAGAGGGACCACAGUCCCGGAAUACCUGACGUCUGCAGCUACCAAGAAUGAAACCGAUGGGGAGUCUCCUCUUCUGCACUUCACGCUCUAAGUUUGGAGAGUUUCGGGGGAUUGAUAUGAGAAAAAGUUCAGUAUUUACAACU